AUGGGGCAGAAAAUCACAUUGACACUUGGAGGGAUAGAAUUCCAGGCAACAGGAACUGCCGGUGUAAAGGCCCUGAGGCAAAAACCUGCCCAGCAAGUCCAAGACUGGAGCAGGGAGGUGGGUCAGGAGGCAGUCACAACGAUUCAGAUGAGCCGCGAGGCCAAUGUGGCCCACGGUGGCAGCAAAGGCACUUCCAGGGGCUCGUCUCCCUUCCUGCACUCAAUAAACCCUCACCUGCAUCCUCGCCUGUACCACGGCUGCUAUGGGGACAUCAUGACCAUGGAGACCUCCGGGGCGCUCUGUAACAUAAAGAGUUUGCUUCACUGCGGAAUACGUGGUUCAGAAAUGUUUGCUGAGAUGGAUUUGAGGACCUUGAAGCCCUACCAGACUCUGAUCAAAGAAGUGGGACAGAGGCAUUGCGUAGACCCUGCUCUCGUCGCAGCCAUCAUCUCCAGAGAAAGCCAUGGAGGAGCUGUUCUGCAAAACGGCUGGGACCAUAGAGGCCUUAAAUUCGGCUUGAUGCAGCUUGAUAAACAGAUUUGCCACCCUAUUGGUGCCUGGGACAGCAAAGAACACCUCUUACAGGGUGUUGAGAUACUAGCAGACAGAAUUAAGGCAAUCCAGAAAAAAUUCCCCACAUGGAAUACGGCUCAACAUCUCAAAGGUGGACUCUCAGCCUUUAAGUCAGGAAUCGAAGGCAUUGACACGACUGCAGACAUAGAUGAUGACUUCGUCAAUGAUGUUAUUGCCAGAGCUAAAUUCUAUAGACGUCAAGGUUACUAG